AUGCUGGCCAGGUCCUCCUUGCGCGCAACGCGCGCCUUCAAAAAUGGUCCCGUCACCUUCGCUAAGCGUGCGGCCUCUUCUUCCAGCGGUGCCGAAGCCACUCCUGCACGGCUGAACCUCGCCGCCAUCACCUCGACCGCCGUCGCUGCCGGAUCCAUUGCCUGGUACUACCAUCUCUAUGGGCCCACGGCUCACGCUUCGACACCUGCCGAGGAAGGUCUGCACCCUACCAAUUACCCUUGGGUUCAUCAACAAUGGUUCCGCACCUUCGACCACCAGGCCCUCCGCCGUGGUUUCCAGGUUUACCGUGAAGUCUGCGCCUCCUGCCACUCCCUCGCCCGUGUUCCUUACCGAGCCCUUGUUGGCACCAUCUUGACCGUCGAUGAGGCCAAAGCUCUUGCCGAGGAAAACGAAUACCCCGAUGAGCCGAACGACCAAGGUGACAUCGAGAUGCGCCCUGGUAAACUGUCCGACUACCUGCCUUCUCCUUACCCCAACGAAGAGGCAGCCCGUGCGGCUAACCAGGGAGCUUACCCCCCCGAUCUGAGCUUGAUUGUCAAGGCCCGCCACGGUGGCUGCGACUACGUCUUCAACCUGCUCACCGGCUACCCGGACGAGCCCCCCGCAGGUGCCCAGGUUGCUCCCGGCAUGAACUUCAACCCCUACUUCCCCGGCACUGGCAUUGCCAUGGCCCGUGUUCUGUUCGACGACCUGGUCGAGUACGAGGAUGGCACCCCUGCUUCGACUUCGCAGAUGGCCAAGGACGUGACCGAGUUCCUGAACUGGGCGGCCGAGCCCGAGAUGGACGACCGCAAGAAGAUGGGCAUGAAGGUUCUCGUUGUUACGACCACCCUGUGGGCUAUCAGCGUCUGGGUGAAGCGGUACAAGUGGGCUUGGCUCAAGUCGAGGAAGCUCGCUUAUGACCCGCCCAAGGAGAGCAAAGUCCGCCACUAG